AUGAGGGCACUUAUCAGUAUCACGCUGCAUCUGCUGGUACUCUGGUUUGUGAAGCUGAUGUUCGCGAUAGAGAGUCACAGCUCUCAUAGGGAAGUGAACCAGGAGAAAUGGGAGAGGGAUGUGAGGUCAGCCUCCAGUCUGGAUGAGUUGCUGCGGCUGACAGAUUUUCCUGACUGGAAACUCUGGAAAUGUCGUCUAAAGCUGAAGCUUUUAGAUCCCUCCUCUCACCCAGAACACCGCUCACCCUCUGCAGGCUCCCACAGAGCAACACGAUUUGCAGCUGCCUCCUAUAGCCUUGAGAUUCUGAAAGCUAUUGACGACGAGUGGCAGAAGACACAGUGUAUGCCCAGAGAGACAUGUGUAGAUGUAGCUAAAGAACUGGGGACCACAACAGCCAUGUUUUUCAAGCCUCCUUGCGUGUCUGUGUAUAGAUGUAAUGGCUGCUGCAACAAAGAGGGAGUAACCUGUAGAAACACAAGCACAACCUACGUCAAUAAAACUCUCUUAAGUGUGAUCCCAUUCAAGUAUGGACCAGAGCCAGUGCUGAUAAAAGUAGCCAAUCACACGGAGUGUAAGUGCAUGGAGCCGGCAUUAACACGCAGGCAUGCUCGGCCCCACAGGAAACAUGGGUGUUCACCUAUCCACCAGUCAGAGGAUUCCAGAAGACGCUGCGACAGUGGUCUGAUCUGGGAUUGUAUGGCAGAUCAAUGUGUUCCAUACCCCUCAAACAAACAAGCACAAUUUUAUCCCAGCACCAUGACCCCCGAUUGUGAAAUUGACGUGGAUCGAUGUGAAUGUAUCUCCAAAGAUGAGAAAAGAUGGCAAAAACAAUGCUAUUUAAACCAAACUGUCUGUACUGCAAAAAGCCAACAGUUUGACCAGGUGUCUUGCAGCUGCAAGUAA